UCUAUUUUCAUAUACAUACUCGUAUAUAUUUUUUCUCUAUUUUUUGUAGUUCACCCACAUAAGCUGCGAGGGACACGUGAGGUUUCUCAGCGACAAAAAUACGAAAUUUGUGUGAGGAAGCACACAGUUUACACACAUACACACGCAUGCAGACUGUGUGCGUGUGAAGGACGCACGAAUCGCCUUAAAUAUGCUUCAACUGCUAAAGAAGCCAUAAAGCAACAGCCAUCCGACAUCAGGCUGCGUCCAACAAAAUUAACCCAAACUAUGAAGUUCUAUAGCCUCUUUAUACCGAAAACUUAUCGUCUUAAGCCUAUUUUAGUUUCCUUGCCUUAUAAUCGCAUCUUAGUGAGUGGACCUUUGGUGAAGUGGCAUUCAGGGUCAUCGGUUAGGGCACCUGCACGGUCACCUGGACAGGAAAUUAGAGGACCUCUUCCAAACGCCGAGUGUCUUCCUCCAGCAGCAGGAGUAGGUCCCGACCAUUUGUAUAAUACCAACCGUAUUAUAUCACAGGGGAACUGGUUUUUUUAUUGCCCUUCAUUUAAUGUUAAUCUAAAGGACACACAAAGCGCCUCAAAUAUGCUUAAACUACUAAAGAAGCCAUAAAGCAACAGCCAACCGUCAAACAGGCCACCACAGGAAAAGCCUGCGACGCACCACCGCCGCCACUUCAUCGCUCAGUUUUCAUCGGACCUAGAAUGGGAACACAUUAUCCUGGAUACUCCGAGCCGGGUUCAAACCUAUGCCUGUUGGCACAAACUUGUUUGAGUUGCAGGGGAAAUUUAGGUGGUACAACAUGGAUGUUAAAAUGUCGGUUUUAAGGGAUGAA